CUCGCUUUUAGAAAGCUCCUGCACGAUAGAGCUUUCGUGAUUAUCUUGGGGCCCCACUGCAUGCUGGGAAAUAUAGCCAUUUUACCGAGCCACGAGGAGCACAAAGGAUUGGUAAAACCGGCUUGUUCUCGCAAAUCUUGUUGCUUUCACAAUAAGACUGGAUUGACAAUCUAAACAGCAGAUAAGAUGGAUGAUACCAAGGUGUAUGCUGGUAAUUUAAGCUACGAUACGGAUGAAUCAUCGUUGCAAGAGGCAUUUUCAAAAUAUGGAAACGUCGUGGACUGUAAAGUCAUCACAGACCGGGAAACCGGCAGGUCGCGAGGAUUUGGAUUUAUUACGUUCGAUUGUAAAGAAUCUGCCACGGAUGCUGUUGACAAAGGCCCAUUAGAACUUGAUGGCAGGGGGUUGAAAAUUUCGUUUGCUCAGGCAAGAGGCGGUGGUGGCGGCGGCCGAGGACGAGGCUUUCGUGGCGGCGGCGGAUACCAGUACCCCAAGCAGCAGCAGCAGCGUGACAACUACGGAUAUGGAGGUGGAAAUAGAGGAGGAGAUGGUUACGGUCGUCAAGAUGGUGGCUGGUAAAUUCCUUUCAUUGUGCCUCGAUAUUGGAAACAUUUGAUUCGUUCGUCGGAUCAGAAAAAUGGGGGAAGCCCCGUCAUUCGAUGGGGAGAUAACGAAAUGUUACUCCAUUUUAUAACCAACCGUGGCAGCUGACAAAUAUGAUUUUUAAUUGAAAAAAACCGUUGACUACAUUUCCUCUGCCAAAAGCAGUAUAAUAUUCAUUAAAUAAUUCAAAACUCUAACCACGUGGUGUUCUUUGGCUUUUGGUAAUGAACACGUGGAGGCGUUGGCGGUUUAACGGUUCGACUCCACCUUCGUCAUGGGACAGUAGUUUGUGGACAAGAUAUGUUUUUCUAACUGCAAAUGACAUUAGAGACGGACCAUCAAAGGGAAAAACAUUUGGAGGGGUCUCUUCACAAGAUGAGGGACCAAGGUGUUUCAGUUUCUUUAUCAUCGUUGUGGACAAUUCACGGAUAAACGCUACUUGGCAAAUGAACUUUUUGUUAAAAACUUUGAAAUUUCAUUUGUUUAUCAAAUUUUACUGUUUAUCAGCCUACUCUAAAAAUAAUAUAUGGCAGUCAUAAUGAUAGAGAAUGGUAGCUAAUGAUCUGAGACAGGACUUAAGACUUGUACCUGAAAAAGUUAACUAGAAUUAAUGAGUUGCAUAUUUGUAUGUUACCGCAUAUAAGUUGAUAUCGGUGUCCAUGUAAAUAACAUCCAUCAGCUGUGUGGUGAACAUAAUCAGUUUGGUAACACUGCAGAGCUUUUGCGAUAACUUUGGUACCUUGAACAUGACAAUUUUGUGCUGUUGUUGGGAUCCAAUUUAGAUUGCACAAGAUCACUUACAGUGAUCAAAUUGCUUUCAUGAGGGUUUUUUUCAAAGUUGUUAUUUUUACGAUAUGAAGAUUCUUCCAUUUGUUUCCAUUUAAUAAGAAAUCCAUGAAACACGUUAAAUUUUCUGUUGUUUUAUUUUACCUUGCAUGAAGAGACUUUAAAAUAAAACAUUUUUAUAUUGUUUCAUAACUUUCUGAAAUGAAAAUUCAAUGGCUGUAUCUUGUAAAUUUUUUUAGAUGAAAAGGUCCUACAGGGCUCAAAUUCGGUGUUAUAAAUUCAUUCAGCUUUACUUUGUCUUGUUUGUUAGUUGUAAAAUCUUGUAAAUUAGGUUGUACAUCAGCAUCUAUUUUGCCCUGUUCUGGUUGCAAAACCUUUAUUGCGAUUUAUAAUUAAAUGUAGAAGAUGAU